AUGAGUGUGGGGUGUGCGGGACUCCUGCGCUCCGCUCGCGGCGGCCGCCGGGGAAGGACUGACGGACGGCGCUUCCUCCUUGGGCGAGCGGUUCCCGGGCACCUCGGCUCGGCCCAGGCGCGAGUGGAGCGCGCCUGGCUGGCCGCCGGCCUCCGGAAGGUCCCGCUGCGUCCCCCCUGGGCUGGAUAUGUUCAUGUUCACGUGAAGAUGGAUUUGGUGUACGGUCUCGUGUGGCUGCUGACCGUCCUCCUGGAGGGGAUCUCUGGCCAAGGAGUGUACGCACCCCCCACAGUUCGUAUUGUGCACUCGGGCUUGGCCUGUAACAUUGAGGAGGAGCGAUACUCCGAAAGGGUCUACACUAUCCGGGAAGGAGAAACCCUGGAAUUGACCUGUCUGGUCACAGGACAUCCACGUCCACAGAUCAGGUGGACCAAAACAGCAGGAAGUGCCUCUGACAGAUUCCAAGACUCAAGUGUCUUCAAUGAGACUUUGAGGAUUACAAAUAUUCAGCGACACCAGGGAGGCCGGUAUUACUGUAAAGCAGAGAAUGGCUUGGGGUCCCCAGCGAUAAAGUCAAUCAGAGUGGAUGUGUACUAUUUGGAUGAUCCAGUAGUAACUGUUCAUCAAAGUAUAGGUGAAGCUAAAGAACAAUUUUAUUAUGAGAGAACAGUGUUCCUCCGGUGCGUUGCCAAUUCCAAUCCUCCUGUUCGGUACAGCUGGAGACGUGGCCAGGAGGUGUUACUACAAGGAUCUGAUAAAGGAGUUGAGAUUUAUGAACCCUUCUUUACCCAGGGUGAAACAAAGAUCUUAAAACUAAAGAAUCUUCGACCUCAGGAUUAUGCUAACUAUAGCUGCAUUGCUUCAGUGAGGAAUGUAUGUAAUAUUCCUGAUAAGAUGGUGUCAUUUAGACUUUCCAAUAAAACAGCAUCUCCGUCAAUUAAACUCUUGGUGGAUGAUCCUAUAGUUGUAAAUCCUGGAGAGGCCAUAACAUUAGUAUGUGUUACAACAGGAGGAGAGCCCGUACCUUCUCUCACCUGGGUCAGGUCCUUUGGGACUCUGCCUGAAAAGACUGUUUUGAAUGGAGGAACUUUGACCAUACCUGCCAUCACCUCAGAUGAUGCUGGUACUUACAGCUGCAUUGCCAAUAAUAAUGUGGGAAACCCUGCAAAAAAGUCCACCAACAUCAUAGUGAGAGCAUUAAAAAAAGGACGAUUUUGGAUCACACCAGAUCCUUAUCACAAAGAUGACAACAUCCAGAUUGGGCGUGAGGUGAAAAUAUCUUGCCAAGUAGAAGCUGUUCCUUCUGAGGAAUUAACAUUUAGUUGGUUUAAAAAUGGUCGUCCAUUAAGAAGUUCUGAGCGGAUGGUUAUUACACAGACUGAUCCUGAUGUCUCCCCGGGAACGACAAACUUGGACAUCAUUGAUUUAAAAUUCACGGAUUUUGGGACAUACACAUGUGUAGCAUCUCUGAAGGGAGGAGGAAUAUCUGAUAUCAGUAUUGAUGUUAAUAUAUCCAGCAGCACAGUUCCACCCAAUCUGACUGUUCCACAGGAAAAAUCACCUUUGGUCACCAGAGAAGGAGACACAAUAGAACUGCAAUGUCAAGUAACUGGGAAACCUAAACCGAUCAUCCUUUGGUCUAGAGCGGAUAAAGAAGUUGCAAUGCCUGAUGGGUCAAUGCAAAUGGAGAGUUAUGACGGAACACUGAGGAUUGUGAAUGUAUCCAGGGAAAUGUCAGGAAUGUACAGAUGUCAGACCAGCCAGUACAAUGGAUUUAACGUGAAACCAAGAGAAGCCUUGGUGCAGCUCAUUGUUCAGUAUCCCCCGGCUGUGGAACCAGCAUUCCUGGAAAUCCGGCAAGGACAGGACCGAAGUGUGACUAUGAGCUGCAGGGUACUGAGAGCCUAUCCAAUACGGGUGCUGACCUAUGAGUGGCGCUUGGGCAAUAAAUUAUUACGGACGGGUCAGUUUGACUCUCAGGAGUACACAGAGUACCCAGUGAAGAGUCUUUCCAACGAAAACUAUGGGGUUUAUAAUUGUAGCAUCAUAAAUGAAGCUGGAGCAGGCAGAUGCAGCUUUCUUGUUACAGGAAAGGCCUAUGCUCCAGAAUUCUAUUACGAUACCUAUAAUCCUGUGUGGCAGAACAGACACCGUGUUUAUUCCUACAGUCUCCAGUGGACACAAAUGAAUCCUGAUGCAGUGGAUCGGAUUGUCGCAUACAGGUUGGGUAUAAGGCAGGCUGGACAGCAGCGUUGGUGGGAACAGGAGAUUAAAAUAAAUGGCAAUAUUCAAAAGGGAGAAUUAAUUACAUAUAACUUGACUGAGCUAAUUAAACCAGAGGCUUAUGAAGUUCGACUGACUCCUCUCACCAAAUUUGGUGAAGGAGACUCAACAAUUCGUGUGAUCAAAUAUAGUGCUCCUGUAAAUCCUCAUUUGAGAGAAUUUCAUUGUGGAUUUGAAGAUGGUAACAUUUGUUUGUUCACCCAAGAUGAUACAGAUAAUUUUGACUGGACAAAACAAAGUACUGCAACAAGAAAUACAAAAUAUACUCCCAACACAGGACCUAACGCUGAUCGCAGUGGCUCCAAAGAAGGUUUUUACAUGUACAUUGAGACUUCUCGACCCAGAUUGGAAGGCGAAAAGGCUCGACUUCUCAGCCCUGUUUUCAGCAUAGCUCCCAAAAACCCUUAUGGACCUACGAACACAGCAUAUUGUUUCAGCUUCUUUUAUCACAUGUAUGGACAACAUAUAGGUGUUUUAAAUGUUUAUCUGCGUUUGAAAGGGCAGACAACAAUAGAGAAUCCGCUGUGGUCUUCAAGUGGGAAUAAAGGACAACGAUGGAAUGAGGCUCAUGUUAAUAUAUAUCCCAUUACUUCAUUUCAGCUCAUUUUUGAAGGUAUUCGAGGUCCUGGCAUAGAAGGUGACAUUGCUAUCGAUGAUGUCUCAAUUGCAGAAGGAGAAUGUGCAAAACAAGACCUAACAACUAAGAAUUCCGUUGAUGGUGCUGUUGGGAUUUUAGUUCAUAUAUGGCUUUUCCCGGUUAUCGUCCUCAUCUCUAUCUUAAGUCCUCGAAGGUGA